GUGCUGUACCACGUGUCUGUCCGCCAUGACACUUGCCCUUGACUAGGUUGACUAGCAAAUGUGCAGCAAGACAAAUGUCUGUGUCCAAGACCACCGGUGGAAAAAGUAUAGACAUUGUGAGAAAUUUACCACGGAUAACCCUAGCUAACCUUCGGCCAAAUCCUGGUGCAAGGAAAAAUGAGAAGCGUCGAGGGCGAGGGAUGCAUGGUGGGAAUAGGAGCGGACGGGGUCACAAAGGUGAACGACAGCGUGGGAACCGUCCCCACCUGGGCUUUGAGGGAGGCCAGACCCCAUUCUACCUGCUAAUUCCUAAAUAUGGCUACAAUGAGGGGCACAGUCGUCGCCAGCAGUACCCGCCACUCACUCUGCGGAGGCUGCAGUAUUUAAUAGACCUUGGCCGCGUAGAUCCGACUCGGCCCAUAGACCUCACGCAGCUGGUCAACAGCAGAGGAGUCACGAUCCAGCCACUCAAACGUGACUGUGGGGUCCAUCUUGUAGAAGAGGGAGCUGACAUAUUCUGUGCUAAGGUGAAUCUGGAGGUUCAGCGUGCUUCUGAAGCUGCCAUUGCUGCAGUGGAACGCAAUGGUGGUGUAAUCUCGACCAGCUACUACGACCCUCGCAGCCUACAAAUCCUUGUGAAACCAGUGCCAUUCUUCAUGACUGGCCAGCCCAUUCCUAAGCGGAUGCUCCCCGGUGAAGAUCUCCUUCCAUACUACAUAGAUGCUAAUAACCGCGGUUAUCUUGCUGAUCCAGAGCAGAUCCAGGCAGCCCGGUUUGCACUGGCAAAGAAAUACGGUUACACAUUACCAGACAUAUCAACGGAAACAAUGUGCAAAAUGUUAGCAGAGAGGAAGGACCCGCGACAGAUCUUUUUUGGUUUGGCCCCAGGCUGGGUAGUAAAUUUGGCAGAGAAGAAGAUCCUUAAACCCACUGACAAGGAUGUAUUGAAGUACUACAGUUCAUAAUAUUUAAUAUGGCUUACUGACACUCAAGCCAGUUUUCUGAAUGAUAUUUGUGUAAAUAUGUAUCAUUGUUUUUGUUAAUCAGUAAUAAAUUGUCACCAUGCUUAAA